AUGUCACCGACUCAGGCAGGCCGUUUUCUCGCUUUAGGUGAAACCAUCGUACGCACCCACCUCAACCUUCUUCCUUCCAUCCAACAACCCCUCGAACAAAUCGCCAUCAGCGCUGUCAACAGUAUUGGAAUUGACAAUCCCCUCUCGACCUCGACCGAACCCAUCCUUCGACCCUUCGCCCUGUCUUGGACAAUCCAGGUAUCUGCGAUACUGGAAGUCUCUGUUUGA